AUGAAUUUAUUGAACAUCGCUAAACAUCUUUUCCAUUUGGCUCAAACUGAAUAUGGAUUUAAAAAUUUUACAACAACUACCAGUGAAAUUUUUACUGCAGAACGUUUAUUCGAAGUUCUGAAGUCAUUUAAAGAUAGUUACUUCAAUGAGCUAUAUACAUAUGACACUCUCGAAUUUGAAGAUGAAUAUGAUGAAACCACUGAUGAAGAAGUGAGCGACGAUGAAAUUGAUGAGAAUGAUCAAUUUUAUUUAAAAAAUCGUUUUACAUUAGAAGAAAUGGAAAAUAUAAUCGAAUGGGUUGACCAACAUCCGAAUGCUAGAUUUGCAACUAUUUCCAAUCGAUUUAGAAAAAUCAAACAUAGGAAUUGUAUUACAAGAUUUAGAGAAUAUAUCGAAAAUGAUGGUACAAGAUUAGAAAAAUUAAAACAAAUUAAAGAAUUUAUGUUUAACGAAUUUUAUUUUAACAAAACCAUUGAAAAAGAAGCCGUUCAUGAUGCUGAUCUUGAACGUUAUGCAAUUCAAAAAGCAAGAGAAUUAAAUUGGGAUGAAUUCAAGGCAAGCAAAUCAUUUAUCAAUACUUUUAAAAGGGAAAACAGAAUAUCAUCAAGAAGAUAUAACAAAAUUGUUACUCGAACUAAAUCAAACAGGAAUAUUUGCAGUUUAAAUGAUGCUAAGAAGUGGGUCAGAAGUAAAAGAUCUUUAAUAUCAAAUUAUUCUGCAAGUGAAAUUUUAAACAGCGAUCAUUGUUCAUUUCAACAGGAAUACGUUCCACCAAGAACUCUUUCUUUUACUGGAGAAAGAACAACAGAAGUGGCUGUUAAAAAGAAAUAUAAGACAACCCAUUCUUAUACAGUUCAACCAGUUACAUCAGCUAAUGGCCUUUUAUUAGAGAAGUUCUUACUCAUCCUUCAAGAAAAAGCAAAUACAUUUGGUAAAAGAGUGCAAAAAGAUUUAAUUGUACCACCAAAUGUUGUAGUUAAAGCUUCAAAAUCAGGAAAAAGUAGUGAUGAAAAACAUGACGUGUUUUUAAAUGAAGCUCUACGACCUUUGGUUGGUAAAAAAUUUCUUCUCUUCCUUGAUUCUUGGAAAACUCAGACUGAUCUAACAAAAUUUAGAGCAGCAUUUCCUAAUCAAGAUAGUCAAUUAUUGAUUUUUCCCGAAGGAUCAACUGGUUAUAUUCAACCACAAGAUCUCUCUUUAUUUCGUUCCUGGCAAUAUAUUCAUGAAAAAAUCGAACAUUAUACCCAUAUCAACCGAACAGAAAUCACUAACUGAUCGUCAAUAUUUCAUCAACAUGCAUUCUGUUAUUCACAAUCAAUUAUCAGCUCCACAAUUUAAAGAUCUCAUUGAGAGUGGUUUUAAACAAGCUGGAAUAAUAAAUGAAACAAUUGGAGAGAUUAACAAACCCAAAGAUGUUUGCUUCCAAUUUUACGACCUAUACUGUUCAAUUAAGAAUUGC